UGUGACUCCGUCCACUCGCCUGGCGGCCGUCACCCUGAGCUGGAGAGGAUGAAGGCGUCCAUGGUGCUCUCCCUCAUCGGGUACCUGGUGGUUCCAAGUGGCGCUGCAGUCUUGGGGCGCUGCGUGGUGGCUAAGAAGCUCCACGAAGGAGGCCUGAGUGAUUUUGAGGGCUACAGCCUCGAAAACUGGGUGUGCCUGGCUUAUUUUGAGAGCAAGUUCAACCCCACUGCUGCCUACGACAGCUUGCGCGGUGGCUACACCGGCUACGGCCUCUUUCAGAUCCGCAACAGUGACUGGUGUGACCAUGGCAAGAACCGCUGCCACGUGUCCUGCUCUGCUUUACUGAAUCCAAAUUUAAAAGAGACAAUUGAAUGUGCCAAGAAAAUUGUAAAAGGAAAAAGAGGAAUGGGAGCGUGGACCUCCUGGACCCUCAACUGCCAGCACUCCGACACUCUGGAGCGGUGGUUGGACGGAUGCAAGCUGUAGCUACUGGGAAGCCCUCGCUGCACUUGCCGCUGGCAUCUUCCUGGUGAAGAUGCUCUCCUGUUCACUGCCUUCACUCAUCCCGUUGAUUAUCU